UACGUCGACUCUGAUAGCAAGAGCAAAAUCAUCGACCGAGACAAAUGUGAAUGUGUGUGUAGAGUGAAAAAUGGCGAAUCAAUCCGGUGUAGUGGUUCCAAGAAAUUUUCGCUUACUUGAGGAAUUGGACCAAGGCCAAAAAGGUGUUGGUGAUGGCACUAUCUCAUGGGGCCUUGAAAACGAUGACGAUAUGACCCUUACAUAUUGGAUUGGAAUGAUAAUUGGGCCCCCUAGAACACCAUAUGAGAAUAGAAUGUAUUCUCUGAAGAUUGACUGCGGAGAACGCUAUCCCGAUGAGCCGCCCACGAUAAAGUUUUUAACAAAAGUUAAUAUAAACUGUAUAACUCAAAAUGGAGUGGUCGAUCAAAGAUUAGUGCCCAUGCUGUCCCGAUGGAACCGCGAAUAUACUAUUAAAUCUUUAUUGCAAGAGAUACGCCGAAUUAUGACUUGCAAAGAAAAUCUUAAAUUGGCACAGCCACCAGAAGGCAGCUGCUUUUAGUUGGUAUUCACAACAAAAUCAGCAGCAUUUACUAUGACGUCAACAACAACAACAACAGGAACACUUAUAAACGCGAAACUGAAGACCAAAACUCCAAACAGCAACAGCUCCAUGAUCAAUAGCAGCAACAACUUUAAGUAAAAGAUGAUGGGAUAGUAUACCAUUGUGGGAAAGCUUCAAUUAGUCGGUCCGAGUUUUUCCUUUUUCUAUAUACACUAUAACAGCUUUAAACUUUAUAAUGGGGCUAGGAAUUAGUUUUGCUAAUUAUUUUUUUGUUUAUUUAUACUCCAAAUUACGAAAUGCGUAUGUUGCUGAUGUUAUAAAUAUGUUUUUUGUUUAUACUUUCCUUCAAUUUUUCCAACAUGAUUACUUACACAACAGACAUCUGCUGCUUGGUCUGCUGGUUGGUCUAUUGCGAAUUCACCUCAGCCACAGAGAAAGAAGAAUAAUUGCAGAUGUUGCUUGCUAUCAAUUCUCUAAUAUAAGUUUUAAGUAAAAUAUUAGUUUGAAAAAACCGAUGAAUCAGGAAAGAAAAAGUAAUAUUAUUACUUUUCUCUUUCGAAUAGAAAAGGGUCGUUGCUUAAAAAGUCAUCAUCGUUUAUUUUUUAUUAUUUAAUAAAAUACUUUAAACUAUUUCUAAUGUAUUGUUUAAAAUGAUUGUCAUCUAUUCGUAGUGGUGUAUGUCAGCUACAACACCAACAACAUAUAACAAAACAAUAAAAAAAAAUAACUAAACCUAAAAUCUCUUUUUGUGACGUAUCUUGCAUGCGAAGUACGUGUAUUUAAUAAAUUAAUUACUAUUCUUAAAGAAAUAACAUUUAAAUUAAAACUGAUACACUGAUCAACUUUAAUAUACAAACAUUGCAAUAAAAUUAAAGCCGAAACUGUUAA